AGUGCAAUACACAAGACUCAAGAGUGAUAAUCACCAGUUGUACCUAUUUGAUAUUUAUAGUAACGGCAAACACUGGAAGCGAUAUAAAUCGGCAGUCGAAACUGUAGCGUUAACUUAAACUAUCGGAAGGACACAAUUUUUCCGAUUGAAACGAGUUACAGAGCAUCGACGUACAAAACUAUAACACGUCCAUACAGCAGAGAUGGCGAACCAAACACCAACGUCGAACAAGACAGAAACUACUACAGAGGCCCCCAAGGUGCCAUCUAUACCGGAGCAUGUAGCACCGCCUGCAAAACCUUUGUCCGAGGAGGUAAAAGCAUGGUUAGAGGAGAACUCUGGUAUAUACGAGUUAUUACCGAAUGGAAAGCUGCAGUGCCAGUUUACCAAACAUGAAAUACCCGGGCGUAUAGAACUACUCGAGAAGCACCUCACCUCACGCAAGUACCUACUAGCCAAGAAUCGAGCUGCUGUGGUUAUUCCCGACGAGUACAAAGAGAUAGUAGUGAAAAACGAGAAAAAGAAGAAGGGAAACAUGUUGUUCUGUAUUGUUACAAAACGAUCCUUCCUCUCCACACCCGAGGAAUUGAGCUUGCAUUUAUCGGGGCGCCGGUUCAAGAAUGCAUACAGGAAGUACCUCGUGCAGAAAGAGAUAGAAGCGAAGGAGGCCGCCGAGCUCGAGGAUGCGGAUGACAUUUUGAAGAACGAGGACAUGUUCUUGGAUAUGAUCAAGAGUGAUGCAAGUGAUAGCGAGGACGAUGCAGGGGGAAGCGAUGAUGAAGAUGAUGAGAAUGAGGACGAUGAAGAUAUGAAGAACAGUGACAACGAAGUAGAUGGAAUGUAUGUAGAUGAAGAUGCAGCUAAGUCAGUACCAGCGGAGGUGGGAAAAGAUGCAGAUAAAGAGAAGUCGGAGAAUCAUAGGGUUGCAGCAAGUAAGGGAGCGAACAAACAGAAAAUCAAAGUGCAAAAAUCAGUUAAUGGGAACUCGCGGAAACGAAAGGCCAUGAGCAGAGGCAAUAAGCGGAAAGAACAUAAAAGCACUAGUACAUAAAUGAAAUAUUGAGGAUUUGUACCAUAGAUAUGAAUAUAAGGUGUACGUGAUGAAUGAAAUCACGAUAAGCAAGAGAUAAAAAGAAUAUAUUUACAUAAAAAAAAUCAAAAUGCGGAA